AUGGAUGUUCUCUCUAAACUCCUCUCAGAAAGAUCUUCAUCUUCUUCAUCAACUCGUGGUUAUAGUUCAUCAGCUCGUGUUCCUACUUCAUCAACUCAUGGUCAUAAUUCAUCAACCGAUGGUUAUAGAUAUGAUGUAUUUUUAAGUUUUAGAGGUGUUGACACUCGUCAUAGUUUCACUGAUCACCUUCAUAAGGCCCUCAUUGAUGCCAAUAUCAAUACCUUCUUGGACGAUGAAGAGAUUGAAACAGGGGAAGAUUUGAAACCGGAAUUGGAGAGUGCAAUUAGGGCAUCUCAGGCUUCUAUUAUUGUGAUGUCUAAGAAUUACGCUACUUCAACAUGGUGCCUGGAUGAAUUGGUGCUGAUCCUUGAGCAGCGUAUGACAUCCAACCAUAUUGUUAUUCCAAUCUUUUAUCAUGUUGAGCCCACCCAUGUCAGGAAACAACAAAGUAGCUUUAGGGAUGCAAUGGCUAAGCAUAAACAGAAAAUGGAUGAAGAGACAGAUGCAAAUAAAAGAAGUCAGUGGGCUCAAAAGAUGGACCGAUGGAAUAAAGCGCUUAUUGAAGUUGCUAAUUUAAAAGGAAAGGAUGUAAAUGGAAGGCUAGAGACAGAGUUUAUUGAAGAAAUUGUGAAGGACACCCAUCAUAGAUUACAUGUACACUUAAGGAGCGUUGGACCACAACUUAUUGGGAUGAAGUAUCAUAUUAACUUUGUAGCUUCAUGGUUGAAAGAUGGAUCCUCACAUACGGCAGAAAUACUCACUAUUUCGGGUAUGGGUGGGAUCGGGAAGACAUCUUUAGCCAAACAUGUCUAUGGGCUAUAUUUUCAUGAAUUCCACAAAAGCAGUUGUAUUGAAGAUAUUAGUAGGGUUUGUGAUGGAAGGUUUAAUGGGUUGCUUGAUUUACAAGAACAACUGUACAGUGACAUUUCAAAAACAAGUUCAAUUAAAGUUCAUGAUGCUUCGGUAUACACCUCAAAGAUAGAGAAUGUUGUAGCUCGUAAAAGGGUGUUUCUUGUUCUUGAUGAUAUCAACACUCUUGAUCAGUUGGAUGCAUUACUUGGGAGCAAAGGUUUUCAUCCCGGAAGCAAAAUAAUUAUAACCACAAAGGAAAGACAUUUGAUAGAGAGGUGUGCACUAUUCAAAACAAACAUUAACCGAAAGCAUACAGAUCUCUUGCUUCAAGGCUUACAUGAGACCGAAUCAUGGAAACUUUUGUGUCUCCAUGCAUUCAAAUGCAACUAUCCCAAGACAGGAUAUGAAGGGGUGUUAUAUAAGCUUGUGAAGUAUUGUCAAGGACAUCCAUUGGCUCUUGAAGUAUUUGGCAAAUCUCUAUAUGAUCGAGAUGUAACUUAUUGGGAAGGAUGCAUAGAAGGGCUAAAGAAAGAAACAAAUUCUCAUGUAAAUAAUGUCUUGAAAAUGAGCUUUAACUCUUUGCCAUCCAAAAAUGAUAAGGACUUGUUUAAGUAUAUUGCUUGUUUUUUUGUUGGAAUAGAAAGAGAUUUUACCGAAACAAUAUUAGAGGCAUGUGAUAUAAACACAAGAUCCGGGAUCACGAAUCUCAUUGACAGAUGCCUUCUUAGUAUAGGACGGAAUAAUGAAUUGAAGAUGCAUCAGUUGGUUCAAGAGAUGGGAAGAUUCGAAGUAUGUCUAGAAUCACUUGACAAGCCAUGGAAGCGAAGUCGAUUAUGGGGUCAUGAGUCAUUCAGAGUAUUGAAACAAAAAAAGGGUAAGGGAAAUCUUGUAGGCCUUUCCCUUGACAUGCGGAUGCUUGAGAAGGAGAAGUGUGCAUCAUUUGAGUUGAAAACAGAUGCAUUCAACAACAUGGAUAAGUUGAGGCUACUACAACUCAAUUAUGUGCAUAUGAAUGGGUCUUAUGAGAACUUUCCAAAAGAAAUAAGAUGGUUGUGUAUGCAUGGGUACCCUUUACGGUCUUUACCUUUAAACUUACCUAUACAAAAUCUUGUUGCUCUUGACCUGUCAUACAGCAAUAUUGAGUCUUUUGUCGGUUGUUAUAGUAAUCCACAACGAUUUAAUGUGGGCGCUAUUUCCAACAAUUUUCUUUUUUUUAUUUGUUUGCAUUUUCUUUUUUAUUUCUUCUUUGCCGGAGGUCUCCUACGGAAGCAGUUUCUUAACCAGCCUACCUCCCCUUUACCCCAUUUGUAUGGGAUCGGGCUAAUAUUGUUGUUCUUGUAUAGUAAUCCACAACGACUUGUGAAGUGGAAAAAGUUGGAUGGAUCUUGCUUAAAAGAGAAAAGGUUGCUAGGAUCAUUGAAGAUUCUUAAUUUAAGUUUCUGUAAACAACUUCAUAGUCUUGGUGGAUUUGACCAACUUCCUGCACUUGAGAGGUUAAUAGUUAGAAAUUGCAUUGGUUUGGUUGAGGUUUGUGAAUCAAUUGAGCAAUGUGUUGACCUUGUCUUCAUCGAUUUGAGCUACUGCAAGAAGCUUGAAAAACUUCCAAGAAACAUAGGCAUGUUGAAGAAUGUUAAAACAAUGUUUCUAGAUGGUUGUAGUCUCGGUGAAUCUGGAAUCCAGAAUAGGGGUAGGGGUAUGGAUUCACUGGAAUUGUGCAAGGCUAAAAACAAUGACAUAAAUACAAGAACCUCUUCCUCUGCCUUUGCAGGUGCUAUACCAAGUGAUUUGAAGUUGUUUACAGUUUAUUUACCGAGGUCUUUAGUAAGGUUGUCACUAGCAAAUAGUAGGUUGUCCACUGAAUCCUUUAAUAUGGACUGGAGUUGCCUAUCCAUGUUAAAGGAAUUAUAUUUAGAUGGCAAUCCUAUAAAUUCCAUGCCCAGUUGUGUGAGAACCCUUCCUAGGCUUGAGAUACUUUGUAUGGAGAAUGGUAUAAAAUUAAAGUCAGUUAAGGAUCCUCCACAUACAGGAAGCAAGUUGCGCUAUUAUUUUAAUAGAUUUCUUGAAAGCGAAGUGAUUGAUGCAGGGUUGCCAUAUGAAAUUGAAGGCAUUGUGAAAAUCCAACCUAUGGUAUGUGUUGAGGAAAAGAUAUUACGUAACUUGGGCUGGAGUAAAUCAGACUUCCUUAAGGAAAGGCACUUGGGAGCUAGUUCUCGGAUACUUAGUUACCAGAUGAUGAUUUAUGAAUUUGGAAUAUUCAGCACAAUGUAUACGGCAGAGGAGAUGCCGAGUUGGUUUAGGCAUAGAAGUGUGGGGCCAUCAAUAUCAUUUACCAUCCCAUCAUCAUCAUCAUCAUCAUCAUCAUCUCCAAAUAACCUCCUUACAGGACUCAACUUCUGCUUCUUGAAGACAAUGAAAUGUAUCCAUGAUUAUUUUCUACUUGAAGAUGGCCAGAUCCCUUAUACACCAAUGAUGACAAUUAGUAAUAUAACAAAGAAGCUCACCUGGAUAUACGAACGUCACAUGGACAGAGUUUCCGAAGGUCAAUGCGUGGUGUUAAGUCAUUGGAUGUUCGGGAUGAAUGAGAUGGAAGCUGGUGACCUCAUUACUAUUACUGUUACACUGCCGAAUUAUCGAGUUGUAAAGGAGUGUGGGGUGAGUCUUGUGUAUGAGGAUGAUGGAGAGAAGAAGGAUGAAGAAGAAGAAGAUGCGUUGGGUUAUUACAAGUCAUGGAAUCACAUAAUUGGUGGAGAUCUCUCCCCUUUUCAAACAACAACAGGGCAAUACAUCUUAUAUAAAAACCGAUUUUUGUUCCAUUACCUUAGAUUGCAUCCAUAUCAUCGUAAAUUAGUUCCCGUGGGCCCCGAAUUUCAAGCACCAAAGAAAAAGGGUUGGUUCAGAGCUUUCUCCCCAAGGAACCCUCGCAUAACUGAUCGUGCAAAUGAGGGUGAGGGGGAAUCUUCACAGUCUCAUCCUUCAGAUGAAAAUGAUUGAGAAAGAGAUGCCACUUCCUCAUAAUUUGAACUGAAAUCUUGGGUAGCCUAUUGUUAUUGCAAACUCAGUCAUGUGCAAAAUUUAACACAUUUGGAAUUGUAUUGUUAUCAAAAUUAAACACUUUUCAAAUUUUGUGCUAUUUCCUCAUAAUUGGAACUGGGUCUCAGUCAUUGCCUUAUCAACAAUGUCAAUCGUGUGUAUGAACUCAAAAUCUCAAAUCCUUGAUAGGAUUAUAUAAUUUAUUUGGGUACUAUGUAAAAGUCAC